AUGCUGCCUUCGAAAGAUACUGCGCAGAAUUCAGAAGUGACCACCAGUGUCGAGGACAGCAGUAAUGCUGGGGAGCGUAUCACUCACGCACAUAUUUGGAAGCGAGACAGAUUCUCUGGUGCUAUCUUAUUCAACUUCCUGGCAUUUGUUCUUCCUGCUCUCUAUGGCACAAUAUCCAAGCUAUGGGUGGCCAACAUCGACUCGAGCAUGGUCGUCACCGUGGAUUCCUACACGUACAUCGGGGUCGUGGCCGAGGUGAUUAACGAAGGGCUGCCCCGAGCUGCCUGGGUCGUCAUUGGCGACCGGUCCGCUCGGCCACUGGCUUCGCGCAUCGGGCUCUCACAGACGCUGAUUCUAUUCCAGAGCAUGCUCGGCUUGAUCGUCAGUCUGAUCAUUCUUGGGGCUGCCAGAAAUUUCGCUGCGGGAUUUGUCCCAAUCCAGGUCCGUCAGGCCAGUCUGACAUAUGUUCGUCUGAGCUCGUUUUCUGUCUUGAGCGGCGCUAUCGAGGCCGCCGUCACAAAUGCUACACGAGCAUUGGAUCAUCCUGACGUUCCUCUUAUCAUCAGUAUAGUCAGGUUUGCCGUCAACAUCAUUCUGGAUCUCUUGCUCAUUUCUCCCUUUCAUGUGGGAAACUUCUCCCCUUCGGUCAACACGCAAGCCGGGAUUCGACUUGGCUGUGACUUUGCUGCCGCGUUCAGCGGACUGGCUGCAUUUCUCGUCAUUGCGAUCAGACUUCGCAGAGCCCAUGCUCUCGAAGACGUUCCCCGGCCCAGCGUGAAGGCUCUCCGGGUCCUUUUCAGACCGGGCGUUCCGCCUUUCGUUGAAUCUGCCGUACGGAACGCCCUCUACCUGUGGCUCGUGGCCAACAUUGUGUCCAUGGGCACCGAUUACGCCACGGCUUGGGGCGUGUUCAACACCAUUCGAUGGGGGUUGGUCAUGGUUCCGGUUCAGACGCUCGAGGCGGCCUCAUUGACAUUCACCGGGCACGCCUGGGGUCGUUGGCGGAACGAGGUUGGUGGCGAGAUUCGCGAGGCCAAAGCCAGUAGGAAACAGAUUCGAGCCAUGGCAUACCCAGCGCUUGUUUCGUCGGCCGCCGUCUUGACGGUCGAGGUUGCUCUCUGCAUUUUUCUGUCGCGGUUCGGAUGCAAGCCGUUUGCGCAAUACAUCUCCGGUUCCGAGACCAUUGGUAGCAUCACUGGCCAUAUGUGGCGGACCAUCGAUUGGUGCUACAUCUUUUAUGCCCUAUCAACCCAGCUGGCAACAAUUCUCCUGGCCACCGUUCCUCGGUGGUAUCUUUAUCAGUCGCUCGUCUCGAAUCUCUGCUAUGUCUUACCAUGGGCCAUUGUUUGUCAGGCUGCACAUCUCAACCCGGACGACGCCUGGACCUACCAUUCCUUUGUAUUUGGAGGCAGCCUGGUCUUCAGCUUCUUUGAUGUGUUGCUGUUUGUAUCGCUGUGGGCGUGGAAGCUUCAACGAGGCACCCUUGACUUUGACAAAGUGCGACUUGCGUAG